AUGCUCCUCAUAGACAACGUGAAACGUCGCGAUGCCUACGAAUUACUUACAACCUCGUUGGUGCGACACUGUCUCUACUCCUUCCGCACGUCUACUUCGCACUGCUUCAUUUCCAUCUCUCCGUACUUGUCUCCACAUCUCUUUACGGUCUUGCUCCCUCAUUCUAUACGGAUAACAUGUGUUUCCGAUGGACUUGCCACUGGAAGUCCUCCGGGCGCACUAAGGAGUUGUGACGCGACUGUCAGAUUGGUUCAAUUCCAGGUCAUAAGCAAGAAAUAUGCUGAUGCCACAAUUAUUGCCAUCAAUCGUGUCCAGUGUUUCUGGGAUCGGCACUGUACAUUUAUGGGUGUCGAUGCUCAAUCUCACCUUUCCGCAUGUAGUACGAUUACGAUUCGGGUUGAAUGGAAAUUACUUCCACUGCUCUUCAAGAGGGAGACAGGUCGAAAGGUGGAUGAAUUGGUGGGCGAACUAAUCAGCGAGUCCAUCCUGGGCCCUCUGACUGAUUUAGACCCGUCGAUUGAUUACAAACUGGUAGUGAGUAUGGAAGGCCUCGUCGCCAUUCUCCACUACCACUGGUGUCUGGAUACCGCAUCUGUUACCCGUGAACGAUAUACCUUGCAGAAUCCACUGCUCAUGUUUAUCGCCUGCACCUCAACGCUGCCCGGAGCACUCAUCGAAAGUGGUUGUCUGUGGUUCCAAAUGAUGCCCUCUGCUAAAGGAUAUUGUGCUGCGACAGCCUAUAUUUUCCACGAACGAGAUGGUAACCUCGCUCUUUGUCCUGUUUCCUGCUUCCUUCCCCUGGCACUGGAUGAUGAUGCAUUCGACGCAAGUGGCAUCAAAUCAGUUGAAGAUGUGCUUCGCAUUCGGGUUACGGCGCCUCGUAACAGCCUGCAUCUGAAAUGGAAACCCCACAUGCUCAAUAUCCCCGUGUUCCAUCGAGCCAUACAUGCCGCAGAGUGGAUUCGGAUCUCUCCAGAUAAUGCUCUGCCGUACGACGCAUUCAACCAGUAUCUCCAACGCCUGGAACGCAAUUCGGGGUUCGAGCACAAGUUGACGCCGUACUGUAUCAGGCGAGGAACCGCUAACAGGGUUGACAUUGUUGCAACCACAAGUGAGCGUAACCAGGUCAUGGGCCAAUCCCGAGCGGAUAUCUUCGAACGCUACUAUAUCUCAGCCCUCACCCGUGACCCUUGUGCUUCAAAGGAAUUGAGCAAAGAGCACAAACAAGCAAUCGAGCAGGAUCCGCAAUUGAUCAAACUGUGUGACCGACAGCGUUCAAUGCAGAAGCUGAUGGAGAGAAAAUACGGUUCAGUCCUGAAAGCCAGGGGCAGUGAGCUGCAUCGCUAG